AGAUUGUUUGUGACCAUGACCCCACAGUCGACCCUACUGCUGUUUUUCGUCUUCUACGCAUCAGCCAACACGGACUUCUCAGAGCCGCUCUUCCGGUUACUACAGACGGACGGUCCGCAGACCAAGCACGGCAUGGCACGGCGCCCGUCUCCGUCUGACCACCUGCCCAUCGAAGACCUUGUCGAGAACGAGAGCGCCAUCUACGACCCACGGCCCAGCGACAUCAACACGCGGUCUCUGCGCAAGCAGCUGGGGUCAAAGUUCAAACGGGAUUUCAUGUCGGUGCAGGACCCCAACAAACGAUCGACCCCCGCGCCGCCCCUGAUUCCGCUCCACAAUGGACGCCCCCAGGGCAAACGGCCGGGUUUUCUAAGUCUUCUGCGUUCGGCCGUCCUCCAAGACGGCACCAGGGUGGAGCUGCCCACCACGAAGAAAGAGCGGCGAAAAUUUCAAAAGUACCUCUGGAACUUGACGUACUGCCCCGUGAUGUACUCGUGGAAGUAUCUCGGCAUCCGCUUCUGGCCCCAGUGGAUCAAGGAAGGCAGCUGUGUGAACAAGAGGUCGUGCUCCCUCCCGGAGGGCAUGAUGUGCGCGCCCAGCAUGUCCAGCAACAUUGCCCUGCUGCGGUGGCACUGCGCCGACUUCAAUGACCACACGACGUGCCAGUGGAUCCGCGUGUACUAUCCUAUUAUCACGGAGUGCGCAUGCUCGUGCUAACACAGCCGGUCAGACAGUGUGAGGAGUCUCAGUAGACGCCACGCCCUUCGGGACAGUUCAAGGUUUGGUUUCAACGAUUCCACACAACGAGUUUGUUCAAGUCUUGGUCUUGUCUCUUUCUUGCUGUAAAUGCUGAACCAGUAACCACAGGAGCAAGUCGCAUGAAACAAACACCAUUUGGGUCAUUAAUUCAUAUUUCCUGUAUCAUAACGGUGAUCGCUAAUACCCUCUAAACUUGCACGAGCGGAACAUAGCCAUUUCCACGAUAAGCAGUGGGGCCAGGAUUUGAAUCUGUAAACGUCUUUCUUUCAGUUGUGGAGUUGUGCGUGUGGCGGGGAUUAUAGCAAACGGACGGAUGGGUGGCCGCUGUCAAAUGGACGGAUGGGUGGCCGCUGUCAAAUGGAUGGAUGGGUGGCCGCUGUGAACUGGACGGAUUGGUGGCCACUGUCAAACGACCGGAUGGGUGGCCGCUGUCACACGGCCGGAUGGGUGGCCGCUGUCAA